UCUAGAUCUACAACCAGUAAUUGAUCUUGACUUGAAACGCUGUGUUUGUCAUCAUCGUGGUGUUGAACUUCAACUACAGCAGGAAUUGAAACAGAAUAAAAGAAUGAGGCGAUUGAAUGCAGUAAACAGGAAGCAAGCUUUGAAAGUUGUCAAAGAACUGGAUGCCUUCCCAAAAGUCUUAGAUGAUUACAAAGAAACCACAGCUACUGGAGGAGGAGUAUCUUUGGCAGUGUUUGCCGUAAUCAUCAUAUUGGUGCUUUCUGAGGUCAUCUAUUAUGCCAGGACAGAACUGAAGUUUGACUAUGAAGUUGACACACAAAUGGAUGGAAAAUUGAAGAUCAAUAUUGAUAUAACAGUGGCAAUGAGAUGUAAUGCUUUAGGAGCAGAUGUUGUCGAUUCUACAGGACAAAAUUUUGGACAUCAAAACUUUGGUAGUUUAGAGAUGGACGACACUUAUUUUGAACUUUCAACAGAACAGAGACGCUAUUUAGAUAUUAUACAAGAUGUCAAUAAAUAUUUGAGAGAAGAAUAUCACGCCAUACAAGAACUUAUGUGGUUAUCAGGUUCCGUUUACACAUCAUUUAGAAAAGGCAUGCCAGAAAGGAAAGAUAAACCAUCCCACCGUCCAGAUGCCUGUCGUAUUCAUGGAACUCUCAUUGUCAACAAAGUCGCAGGAAAUUUUCACAUUACUGCUGGAAAAUCAAUACCAGUAUUCCCAAGUGGUCAUGCUCAUAUUUCAUUUAACAUUGGAGAUAAUGAGAUGAAUUAUACCCAUCGUAUAAACCAUUUAUCAUUUGGAGAUAUAGUACAUGGUGUUGUCAGUCCUUUAGAUGGAGAAGAAAAAAUUACCAAAGAUAAUUAUCAUUUAUUCCAGUAUUUUAUACAAGUAGUACCCACAGAAGUUAGAACAUACAGAGCUAAUGUUGAUACAUACCAGUAUGCAGUUACAGAAAGGAAUAGAACAAUAAAUCACGCUAAAGGAAGCCAUGGAAUCUCAGGAAUAUUUUAUAAAUACGAUUUAAAUUCAUUGAAAAUUCGAGUACGAGAACAGCACCAACCAAUAUGGCAGUUUUUGGUCAGACUGUGUGGCAUUAUAGGUGGUGUAUUUUCAGUCGCAGGUAUGAUGCGAAACUGGAGUGGAUUCUUAGCUGAUAUUAUAUGCUGCAGAUUUCAUUUAGGAAAAUAUAAAGAAAGUGACAGUUCUUCACCAUCCUCACAAAUUUUCACACAAUCAUUGACAGAUGAAAGCAGUUUUAACAAUUCACCAAAAGUUAAUUUAUUACAAUCUGGCACCUGAUUUGAAAUCCUAAAUAAAAUAAGUUUUUACAUA